AUGUUGUCGCGAGUGGUCUCGGAACAAGAUAGAGUUAAUGCUGUCUUCUGUGAGUACCUCAAGCUUUUGGAGAGUGAUAAUCGACGCAGGGGCAGGUCACCGGAUCAGGAAGACAAAGCAGAGAGUCCUGUGCCUAUCGACCUUGUUGACAACCAGUUGCCGGCUGUGUCUCAUAUGACAAGCACAAGUAGCAUGAAACUUGGUUUCAUUGCUCUGGUUCGCCUUUACAAAGGCGAGAUGUCUGAUGAUGAAGCGGUGAAGGUAGCAAAGGAGAUUUUGGGGGUGGAGGAAGCGCCUCCUCUGAAUAGUAGUGCCUGCCCCCCGUCUCAGAAGUUGCAGCCUGAUGUUGCAAGCUACGCCUGCCGCGAAACGGGUCCCUUGAGAGAUGCCACCAAGCAGGUGGAUGCCAAGGAGUCGCCGUCAUUCGCGCUUGAAAUGGCGUUUUGCAACAAUCAGGUGGAUGCUGCCAGAACAGCGAUUCGCGAACUCAAAAAUGCCAUCAAGGAGUUGGAUACCAGCACAGGCGCCCGCACCAUCCAGGUCACCUUUCGCCGUGGCUUUGAUCCAGUUGAAGUAGCAAAGAGGGUAGAGUACUGGAGAGGGCCGAGUUGCGAGCCCAUUCCUGUGGAGCCCUUGGAAAUCAAGCGUCAUGGGACUUUCCGUAAACCGGUUGGGCCGCAGAGCUUUGCAGUUGCAGGAGGUGAUGCUCGCAAGUUCGUCCUAAAGCUGCAGUUGGCAGGAGCAGGCGGACAGAGCACUGCAAAGGUCAGAAAACUGUCUUUGCAGGUCAAAGUCUCCUCGAAAGAGCUCUCAGUCUUAGGGUCGAAAACCGUCCUCUCGGACGAGGCAGUGAGUAUGAUCAUGCACUUCGGGCCCCAUGACACAGCACAGAUCAUGGCCGGUAGCACUCCCAAGUUUGAUGUUUCAGCUUUUUUCGCUGCCGCAUCCCCGUUUGUGUAG